AUGUACUUUAAUAACGUGGAAACCCGCCCUGGCGUAGGUUACCCACGUAAUUGGGAAAACCAAGAAAAAUGGAAGGGUGGCUGGACUCUCGAUAAAAGCGGUAAUUUGGCGCUUUCCACAGGUUCUAAAGGUUCUCGAUUGAUGAAGUUGUUCUAUCAUCCAGAGCAACCAGAAAUUACGGAUUACUUUGAACCUUGGACAUACGAUUAUGAAACAUUGAUUCAUACCGGUCGUAAAAAUAAUCAACCCGUAGCACGUCCUCGCUCCUUGCUAACAAAGCAAAAAAUGGAAGUAACAUGGGGCCCUAACUGGGAUGAUGAUUUGGCUGGAGGUCAUCAUGCACGAGAAGAUGUGAACUUGGCUAAGAUGGGUGACGAUAUUGUAUUUGACUACGAAGAAGUAUUUAUGCGUUAUUUACCACGUCUUUGUAACCACUGUUUAAAUCCUGCAUGUGUAGCGGCAUGUCCAUCCGGUGCCAUCUACAAGCGUGAUGAAGAUGGUGUUGUACUUGUUUCCCAAGAUGUAUGCCGCGGUUGGAGACAUUGCGUUCCAUCUUGUCCAUACAAAAAAAUCUUCUAUAACUGGGAAACAAACAAAGCUGAAAAAUGCGUAUUCUGUUAUCCUCGUUUGGAAAAUGGCUUGCCUCAAAUCUGCGCUGAAACAUGCGUAGGUCGUAUGCGCUAUGUUGGUGUAGUUUUAUACGAUAUGGAUAAAGUUCAAGAAAUGGCAUCUACUAAGGAUGAACAAGAAAUUUACCAAAAUACAGUAGAUUUAAUUUUGGAUCCUAAUGAUCCAGAGGUUAUUAAAGCCGCUCGUGAAGCGGGUAUCUCUGAAGCAUUCUUGAAAGCAGCUAAAAAAUCUCCUGUUUACAAGCUUGUAAAACAGUGGGGCGUUGCGUUGCCGUUGCAUCCAGAGUAUCGCACAUUACCAAUGGUUUGGUAUGUGCCACCGCUCAGCCCAAUCUUACAACGUGUAACAUCUGAUGUAUACUUGCCAGAUGCACAUGAAAUGCGCGUGCCUGUACAAUACUUGGCUAAUAUGUUUACUGCUGGUAAUACAGAUAUUUUAGCUCGUGUAUUACAACGCAUUCUCGAUAUGCGUGAAUACAUGCGCCGCCGUGAGACAGGUGAUGAAGCAAUCGCCCACGAAGUAGAUCUUACAGAAGAGCAAAUGUAUGCUAUGUACAAAUUGUUAGCAUUGUCUAAAUAUAAUGAUCGUUUUGUUAUCCCAUCUGAUGUUAACGUAUCUCGUGAAGAUCGCUUAGAAAUGCAACACAAUCGUGGCUUUGCAUGCCCGACAGGGGAUGAAUCUUGGUACAAUGAACUUGGUGAAUGGAAAGAGGAUACUCGCUCUGUUGAGCAUCCUCAGCUUCGCCAAGGAUUGUUAGAGUUCUUUGAUUACAUUGAAGAAACGGAUCGUAAGGCCUUUGAAGACCAAUACGUACGUAUCUUUGACUUCAGUCGUAAUACAACGAUGUACUUAUCAACUUAUGAAUUGCAAGGUACAGGGGAACAAGCAGAGGAACUCGUUAAAUAUAAAGCCUUCUUCCUAGAAAAUGGCUAUGAUUUACCAAAGGAGAUGCCUGACUAUAUUCCAGCUAUUCUAGAGUUAUGCGCUGUUAUCGAACCUGAAAAGGCUCGUGAAGUGUAUGAUUAUUGUAAACCAAAACUAGAAUAUAUUAGGGAUCGAUUGAUUGAAGCAAAACUGACCUAUGCAUUCUUAUUUGAUAUCAUAUUGUCGGUUGCAAAUGGAUUGGAGGACGGUGCACGAUGA